CCACAACUAUGGAGAAGGUUUGUAAACCUAAAGAGUCUCUCCAAUACUUCAGUCCUGAUCAUCUUCAAGAUUUUGAUUUCCUAAAAAUAUCCGCAAUAAAGGAGCGGAAUAAGAUGAACCCUAAGCUUGAAUUAGAAGUAAAGGAACUGACGAACCCUGAGCCUGGAUCAGGAGGGAAGGUACGGACGAACCCUAAACCAAGAUCAGGAGUAAAGAAACGGACGAAUCCUGAGCCUGGAUCAGGUUUAAAGGAAACGAGGAACAGAGACCUAUUCGGCGUUGGUGUGAACAUCGGAGAUACAGGUUUAGAUUACUCUCCUGUUCUCUGUACUCUAAUUGAAUGUAGGAUGCAGGACGUGGAGAAAUGUAAACCACGAGAAUGCGAGGAAGAGACAAAAUGCAAAAAUAUGACAAGAACAAACUGCUUUGAUAAACCUUGUGAACUCGGGUUUCCUCCGCGCUGUCAACUUGAACAGUUUACAGAGAUGGAGAUAGUCUGCUCAACCAGUAUGGAGCUAGUCAAAGGUAACUGCUCCAAGAGUAUGUGUAGAACUGAUCUGGUUCAGGAGCUAAGAGAGAUACCUAAAGAGAAUUGUAAGGAGAAACUUAUCUCCAGACCACGAGAAGAUAUAAUUGAGGAGUGCAGAGAAACUGUAGAGAUGGUUUGUGAGGAAGAGAAAACACAGGACGCAUUAAUUGCUCUAGGUUCUAGCAUCAGCUACGCUCAGGUUGAACCUGAUCCUGAAUGUUCUCCUAAAUAUCAGGAGUUCUGUCUCGAGGUUCAGGAUCCUUGUGAUACGUGUCCUGGAGAAGGGUUCUGUGACGGGUGUGAGAACCAGGCUCCGGUUUGUGAGAAGAAUCCUGGUUGUGAAUACGAAGAUCUAGAAGAUUGCAAGAAUAUGGAGGAGACAAUCUGCAGUCUUGAACCUGAACCUAGAGAAGAUUGUAUUCAGGUUGAGGAGUGUAGAGAACAACCUCAAUAUGUUUGUGUUCAAAUCUCAGGAGAUUUGAAAGAAAAGUGUGAGAUAGUGAGUCAGAUUAAAUGUGGGAUUGUUGAGAAAUGUACGCAGGUUCCCAACAGAUUCCCUCAGCAGAUUUGUAAUCCUGAGAUCAGAGUACAUUGUGUUGUUAGACGCAUAGAACACUGUCCUGGGGAAUUUAAGAGAGAGAUCUGCACCUUGGUUCGAAGGAGUAGGGAAGGAUUGCUCCAACUGUGCCGACAAGUACAGGUUGGGUUAGAUUGCUCCGAGAGAGAUGGGAAACUCCUAGUGCUGAGUAAAGCUGACAUAGGUUCUAGAAGGAUACUUGAGUUAAAUACUCCAGAUCCGGUUCAACUAUCCCAUCCACAUCAUCAAUAUCCUAGACCUAAACAAUACUCAGAGGAAUAUGUUGGUUCAUAUUCCAACAAGAUAUAUGAUAAAAACCUGGUAGAAAACUAUGUAACUCCGGCUCCACCACCCUCUUCCGGUAGGUCCGAGUUAAACUCAGACCCCGGAGUACCCGGAGAACUUGGUUAUCAGUCCAGGUGUAGACCAGAGAUAAGAAUCUCUUGCAAGAAUGUGACUAAAACGGUUUACCUUGAGGAAACUGAAUCUGAUUGCUCUGUAACUAUGGAGACUGUUACGGUUGAAGUGCCGAGAGAGGUUUGCGAGGAGAUUUCUAAUAAUUCGUCCUGUAUUGCACCGCUUAGAAAUAUAGCUCGGAGACACUGUAAAAGUGUUCCCAGACUGGUUGAGAGAGAAGUUUGUAAAACGAGAAAUGAAUCCUGUAAUCAGUCUUGCAGGGAGGAGACUGAGGUGGAGUGUGAGACGAUACCUUGCUCCGCAGAAGAAAAAUGCUGGACUGAACCUGAGGAAGUGUGUGAGCAGGUUCAGGAUGAAACUUGCAUAGGAAUCCAACCCAGGAGAAACCUGCAACGAAGAUCUCCACUAAGUCUUUCGGACGAGAACCCGUCAUUUGAAAACACUCGGGACUUUCCGAAUAUAUCUCCAUCUUUAGUUCAAGAUUACAUGAAUAUCCAUACUUCUAAGGAAACUGAGGACACCUUGUGUGAACUUGUUCCUGUUCCCUCCUGUAAAAUGGUAGAGAACCAGGUUUGCAACCCUGCUCCAACCUGCAUGAAGAACCAGAGAACCAGGUGUGAGGAGAAGUCUCAGUUCCUUUGUCAGAUCUGUAAAGCUAAAGGAACUAGAGGAGCUAGGGAGGGCUAUGCAGGGUCCAGUCGAACCAACUCCAUGAUAAACCAGGAACCUGUGGGGACAAACUCCAUGAUAAACCAGGAACCUGUGGGGACAAACUCCAUGAUAAACCAGGAACCUAUGGGGACAAACUCCAUGAUAAACCAGGAACCUGUGGGGACAAACUCCAUGAUAAACCAGGAACCUGUGGGGACAAACUCCAUGAUAAACCAGGAACCUGUGGGGACAAACUCCAUGAUAUACCAGGAACCUGUGGGGACAAACUCAAUGAUAUACCAGGAACCUAUGUGGACAAACUCCAUGAUAAACCAGGAAUCUAUGGGGACAAACUCCAUGAUAAACCAGGAACCUAUGGGGACCAGCUCCAUGAUAAACCAGGAUCCUGUGGGAACCAACUCCAAGAUAAACCAGGAACAUGUGUGGGCCAACUCUAGGAUGAACCAGGAGCCUAAUGAAGCCAACUCUAGGAUUAACCUAGAACCUAUCGGACCAAAAUCCAUACUAAGACGAAGAAGAUAUAAGGGUGUAAAUCAUGUGACACCUGGUCCUGGAAACAGUUCAGAUUAUUCCAGGUCGGACCUGGGCUUAGAUAUCUCCAAUAGAUCUGAUACUACUCAUAGACCGUUCACUGACUCUUUAAAUCCAAACUCUAUGAAUAAUCCCAUCCGUGGAAGCCAGGGGAGAUGGUUCCGUAGUUCAAUUAUACAAAAAGUAAGAAAACCGAAGUCUAUCAGAGGAGACGGAAAUAUCGGAGAUAUAAGCAGGACCAGGGAGAGAUUUGAAAAUGAAAAUAGUAAAAUGUCCGACCAGGAUAAAGAUUCAACCUUACAGAGAGAAGAUGAGAAUAAGGAGAAUAAUUAUACAAUGAUAAAGGAACAAAUGAAAACUAAAUGAACUGUUAUUCUGUAAUAAAUAUAAUGAUAUGUUCAAAAAAUUAGA